UCCUUCUAUAUAAAAAGGGGGAACAUUUCUCAUUCCUUUUCCUCUUCUUUAUCUCUUUCUUCAAUCCUAACCACAAAAGAAACAAAUAUACUAUGACUGAUAUUGUUUCUGAACAUGAGCAAGUCCGUAUGGCUGCUGCUGAACAAAGACUUCACUCGCUUGAAAAGUUAGACGAUACUGUAGGAGCUGCUGGUGGAUGGAAUUGGUUCACUGCUCGUACCAUUCUUACAUCUGGUGCUGGUUUCUUCACAGAUUCAUACGAUGUAUUCAUUAUCAACUUGGUCACACCUAUGCUUGGUUAUGUUUAUUAUGCACACAACAACAACAAACUUCCCGCAGAUAUUGAAGGUAUCUUGAAGGGUAUGUCCUCUGUUGGUACCUUCAUCGGUCAACUUCUUUUUGGUUUCUUGGGUGAUAUCUUGGGUCGUAAAAUCUACGGUUUUGAAUUGUUGAUUAUCAUUAUUGGUACCAUUAACUGUGCCACUGCUUCUUCUGCUGUUCGUGGUGUCUCUGCUAUUGGUUUCCUUGGUCUUUGGCGUUUAAUUCUGGGUAUUGGUAUUGGUGGUGACUAUCCUAUGUCCGCUACUAUCACUUCUGAAUGGUCUUCUGCCGGUAAGCGUGGUAUGAUGAUGGCCCUCAUCUUCUCCAUGCAAGGUGUCGGUAAUUUAGCUGCUGCUAUCGUCACUUUGAUUCUCUUGGCUAUUUUCAAGAAUGCUAUCAAUGCUGAUGUGAUGAAUUUGGAUUACGUCUGGCGUCUCUGUAUCGGUCUCGGUGCUAUUCCUGCUGUUGCCACUAUCUAUUUGCGUUUCACCAUGCCCGAAUCUCCACGUUACUCUCUUAACGUUGAACACGAUGUCGAAGCCGCGGCUGCUGCUAAGGGUCAAGCUGUUUCUUCCGAACUCGCUAAACAAUAUACCAAGGUUGAAGAAAAGCGUGAUCACUGGGCUGAAUUCAGAGCUUACUUUGGUCAAUGGAAGAACUUCAAGGUCUUGCUCGGUACUGCCUCUGCAUGGUUCUUGCUUGAUGUUGCUUUCUAUGGUCUCGGUCUUAACAACUCUGCUAUCUUGUCUGCUAUUGGUUAUGCCAACAAGUCUACACCUUUCGAAACUCUCUGGGCCAAUACUGUAGGUCAAAUCAUUAUCACUUGUCUUGGUUCUGUUCCUGGCUACUAUAUCACUGUCUUCACUAUUGAAAAGUUGGGUCGUCGUUUCAUUCAAAUCAUGGGUUUCGCUUGUACCACUGUUCUCUUUGCUAUCCUUGCCGGUUGUUACCACAUCUUGGUUGAAAAGGCCAUGCCUGCUUUCAUCUUCCUCUUCACAUUGGCUCAAUUGUUCCAGAACUUUGGUGCUAACUCCACUACUUUCAUUAUUCCCGGUGAAGUCUUCCCCACCAAGGUGCGUGCUUCUGCUCAUGGUAUCUCUGCUGCCUCUGGUAAGGCUGGUGCUAUCCUUGCUUCUUUUGCUUUCAACGCUCUUGUCGAUGUCGGUGGUCCUAAGGGUGCUCAUGCUUUCUUGCCUGAAGUUCUUGGUAUCUUUUCUGGUGUCAUGUUCUUGGGUCUUGUUGUCACAAUUCUCUGGAUCCCCGAAUCCAAGGGUAAGGACCUCGAAGAAUUUGAAGAAGACUAUAUUGUACCUGGUGAAGUCUCUACUGAAGGAAGCAUUACCAAUGAAUCUGUCUAUGCCCAAGGUGGUUUGAAGGCCUAAAUUCCUUUCUUUUUAUUCUUUACCCAUUUGAACAUUGGGUUGUACAUUACUAUUAAAGAAAAAAUCUAUUAUGUAAAUAGAAUCAAUGCAUAUCCUCCUAUAUUUAAUAAAAAUUAUACUUUAUAAUCAUA